GCUUACAUCAGUUUAAUUCAAAACAUAGAGCAAUUCACAAAAAGAGAAAAGCGAAUACAUACGCAAUUGUGCUUUAAAAGUGUUUAUAUUUGAAGUGAAUAAAAUAAAUCUAAGGUGCAUUUAAUUAAAAUAUAUUUGCAAAAGUUUAAUUAGUACGCAAAGUUCGAGUUCAAUUGGAUUUAAUUUUGAUUAACAAUCAAACAGUCUAACAUAGAAAAAAAUGCCAGCUAUUGGAAUAGAUUUGGGAACUACAUACUCCUGUGUCGGAGUAUGGCAGCAGGGAAAAGUGGAGAUUAUUGCAAAUGAUCAGGGAAAUCGCACCACGCCAAGCUAUGUUGCUUUUACUGAAUCAGAACGUUUGGUUGGAGACGCAGCUAAGGGCCAGGCCGCUAUGAAUCCAAAAAAUACUGUAUUUGAUGCUAAACGAUUAAUUGGUAGAAAAUGGGAAGAACCUGCAGUGCAGCAAGAUUCGAAGCAUUGGCCAUUCCGAGUAAUUGGACAAACUGGUACAACACCUAAAAUUGAAGUUGAAUACAAGAACCAACUGAAACGCUUUUCACCAGAAGAAAUUAGUGCAAUGGUGCUAGUUAAGAUGAAAGAAACAGCUGAAAACUAUCUUGGAGAGAAAGUGAAAGAUGCAGUUAUUACUGUUCCUGCUUAUUUCAAUGACUCUCAACGGCAAGCUACAAAAGAUGCUGGUGUCAUUGCAGGUUUGAAUGUUUUAAGGGUUAUAAACGAACCAACAGCUGCUGCUUUGGCAUAUGGCUUAGAUAAACACCUACAAGGAGAAAGGAAUGUGUUAAUAUUUGACCUCGGUGGAGGCACAUUUGAUGUAUCUGUUUUAACAAUUGAUGAAGGAUCUCUAUUUGAAGUCAGAGCAACUGCCGGUGAUACUCAUCUAGGCGGUGAAGAUUUUGACAAUCGUCUAGUAGAUCAUCUCAUGGACGAAUUUAAAAGAAAGUACAAAAAGGAUAUAAGAACCGAUCCUAGGGCUAUGAGACGAUUACGAACUGCUGCAGAGCGUGCAAAAAGAACUCUAUCAACUAGUACGGAAGCAUGUGUGGAAGUUGAAGCUUUGAAGGAUGGUAUUGAUUUCUGCACCAAAAUUACAAGAGCAAGAUUUGAAGAAUUAUGCUCUGAUUUAUUCCGCUCUACUUUACGCCCAGUUGAACAAGCGUUAAGAGAUGCAAAGUUAGACAAAGGAGCCAUACAUGAUGUUGUAUUGGUGGGAGGUUCCACAAGAAUACCUAAAAUUCGAUCUCUGCUACAAGAAUUCUUUGCAGGAAAGACCUUAAAUUCUUCCAUAAAUCCAGAUGAAGCUGUGGCUUAUGGUGCUGCAGUACAGGCUGCUGUUUUAACAGGUGAUUCCAGUGAUCAAAUAAAAGACUUGUUACUGGUAGAUGUAGCCCCACUUUCAUUGGGGAUAGAAACUGCAGGAGGUACAAUGGCUAAGAUUAUUGAACGCAAUGCAAGAAUUCCAUGUAAAAGAACACAAACCUUCAGCACUUAUGCAGACAAUCAGCCUGCAGUAACAAUUCAAGUCUAUGAAGGAGAAAGGGUUAUGACCAAAGAUAACAAUCGUUUAGGAACCUUUGAUUUAACUGGAAUUCCGCCUGCACCUCGUGGUGUACCACAAAUAGAAGUCACUUUCGAUUUAGAUGCUAAUGGUAUUUUAAAUGUAACUGCAGCUGACAAGAGCAGUGGUAGUUCUAAGAAUAUUACUAUUACAAAUGAUAAGGGCAGAAUGUCCCAGCAAGAAAUAGACAGAUUGGUCAAAGAAGCAGAAAAAUAUAAAGAGGAAGAUGAAAAAAUAAAGAAACGAAUUGAUGCAAAGAAUAAACUAGAAGGAUAUGCAUUACAAGUAAAACAAGCUCUGGCCGAUGCUGGAAGCAGGCUUCCGCAGCAAGAUUGUGAAACAGCACGCAAGGCAUGUGAUGAUAUAUUAUCUUGGAUAGAUCAGAAUCCCCAAGCAGAAUGCCAUGAAUAUGAACAAAAAGAGAAAGAGUUCCAACAGAUUUGUACGCCGCUUAUGAUGAAGCUACAUCAAGCCAAUUCAAGUGGAGCACAAGCACAAACUUGUGGGCAGCAAGCCGGAGGCUUUGGUGGAAGGCAAGGGCCAACGAUAGAAGAAGUUGAUUAAACAAAGUACAUUAAAAUUAAUCGAAUAAGGACUGAAAAAAUUAUCUAGUGAUGCAUUUUCUCUUAUAAAAGCUUAAGUAUUUAUUAUAUGACUGAUAUCUGACUAGAAUUUAAGAAUAGUUGUUAAGUUGUAAUCAUUAUGUAAUUUAAUAAAUGUGAUAAUAAAUAGUAUUCAAGU